AUGAGGGCGCUGCUCCUGCUCUGCUGCUGCGUGGCCUCGCUGCUGCUCUCAGGACAAGCAGAACUGCAAGUCUCUGCUGCGGGUGGCACAGAAGAUGUUGGCAAUUUGUUGGAGAAUCAUUUCUCUGCUGGAGAUACAAGUCUAGAGGAGAAAGAAAGGGCGCUUUAUGCAGAUGCGGCCCCUGGAGACAAGAACCUGCUCCUUCACUACCCAGACGGCAGGGAGGCUGAGAGCUUGGAGCAGACACCAGCAGGGGCCCCUUCCACUGCCAACGGCCAGGGCUCCGAAUCCGAAGCUAGCCUGUCUAAUACCUCAGCUGCAGAGUCAGCUCCAUCUGGGGAUACCGAAGGGCAUGGGGAGGAAGAGAAGGGCCCGGCAGCAGCAGACACCCUUCCUCCAGGAGGGGUGGAGGGGCCAGAAGAAGAGAGGCCAGAGAUUGGUUCCGGAGGGCAACCAGGACAGGAGGGGACUGCCAGUGUGGGGGCAGAAGUACAAGAAGGGAGUAGUGGGAUCCCUGGGGAAUUCCAGGGACUCUUAGGUGGUAGCCCCGUGGAAGAGGCAGCAGCAGGGACAACAGAGUCCACAGCCACCCACGUUUCCCCUAGCGUAGAGGGUGAAGAGGCCUAUACAGUGGAGGCAAGGGACAAGGGCAACACAGGGUCUGGUCACCACUCCGCAGAACUGGGUGGAGUCCAGGAUGCCACAGUUGCUGGAGAUGAAUCAGAGGCUGAUAUGGCUGCAGAAGCCAGGGAGGGGGCAGAGGACCAGUCCCCGGGCCACAGCCUGCGGUCAGAAGAGGAAGCCACUGUAGGGCCCGAUCACCAGUCCACUGACCUAGAUGCAGUCUCUGACAACACGUCUUUUGGAGGAGAGGCAGGAGAAGCUGCAGAAGAAUCAAAAGCUGAGGUGGAUACAGAAGCUGGGGAGAAGGCUGAGGACCAAGGGGAGCCUAGACCUAGCCAGGAGGCUGGCUCGGCUAUAGAAGCCAGUGAACAGUCUGGGGACACCCAGGGUUCCAAGGACAGGGAGACAGAGAACUACCCUCCUGAGGCCCAGGUAUCAGGGACGCCUGAGGAGGGCCUGGCUCAGGCCUCCUCUGAGGAAGAGGGUGAUGAAGAAGGAGGAAGUGAAGAAGGAGGAGCUCCAUCUAAGGAGGAGUCUGAAGAAGACAGCGGUGAUGGAGCUAGCUCAGAAGAAGAGGGAAACGGCUCUGGGGAGGCUGGGGAGCCCCAGGAAGCAGCAGGAACCACAGAACGUGAGGAGGAAGGCAUCCAGCUUGAUGUGGAAGAUUUGGACACGGGGUCUGAGGGUGGCAAGACCCAGGAUGCAGAGGCAGAGGCAUCCAAAGAAAGACAACAGGGCAGAGGGAAUCCUGUAAUUGCUCACCAGGAAGAGACAGAGGAUGUGAGUGAAGAGGCUCCCAUGAGGGACCGCUCCCACAUUGAGAAAACCCUGAUGCUGAAUGAAGACAAGCCAGCUGACGAUUACACAGCGGUACUGCAGCGGCUGCGGAAGAUCUACCAUACGUCCAUCAAGCCCCUGGAGCAGUCUUACAAGUACAAUGAGCUGCGACAGCAUGAGAUCACAGAUGGAGAGAUCACCUCCAAGCCAAUGGUGCUGUUCCUGGGACCGUGGAGCGUUGGCAAAUCCACCAUGAUAAACUACCUCCUUGGGUUAGAAGAAACUCGCUACCAGCUUUAUACAGGUGCUGAACCUACCACCUCCGAGUUCACCGUCCUUAUGCAUGGGCCCAAGCUGAAAACCAUUGAGGGCAUCGUCAUGGCUGCUGACAGCGCCAGAUCCUUCUCACCCCUCGAAAAGUUUGGCCAGAAUUUUCUGGAGAAGUUGAUUGGCAUUGAGGUUCCCCACAAACUUCUAGAACGAGUCACUUUUGUAGAUACACCAGGCAUCAUUGAGAACCGCAAACAACAGGAAAGAGGCUACCCCUUCAACGACGUGUGUCAGUGGUUCAUCGACAGAGCCGAUCUCAUCUUUGUUGUCUUUGAUCCCACCAAGCUGGACGUGGGCCUGGAGCUGGAGACGCUCUUCCGCCAGCUGAAGGGACGGGAGUCCCAGAUAAGGAUCAUUCUGAACAAGGCCGACAACCUGGCCACGCAAAUGCUCAUGAGGGUGUAUGGAGCUCUCUUCUGGAGCCUGGCCCCGCUCAUCAACGUCACAGAGCCUCCACGGGUUUAUGUCAGCUCCUUCUGGCCACAGGACUAUAAGCCCGACACCCACCGGGAGCUGUUCCUCAAAGAGGAGAUCUCUCUGCUGGAAGACCUGAACCAGGUGAUUGAGAACAGGUUAGAGAAUAAGAUUGCUUUUAUUCGCCAGCAUGCCAUCCGUGUCCGCAUCCACGCCCUUCUAGUUGACCGCUAUCUACAGACUUACAAGGACAAAAUGACCUUCUUCAGUGAUGGGGAACUGGUUUUUAAGGACAUUGUGGAAGAUCCUGAUAAAUUCUACAUUUUCAAGACCAUCCUGGCAAAGACCAACGUCAGCAAGUUUGACCUUCCCAACCGUGAGGCCUACAAGGACUUCUUUGGCAUCAACCCCAUUUCCAAUUUCAAACUCCUCUCUCAGCAGUGCUCUUACAUGGGGGGGUGCUUCCUGGAGAAGAUUGAACGGGCCAUCACCCAGGAGCUCCCCGGCCUUCUGGGGAGCCUGGGGCUUGGGAAGAACCCAGGUGCUCCUAACUGUGACAAAACAGGUUGCAGCGAGGCCCCAAAGAAUCGCUAUAAGAAGCACUAGGUCAUGUUCAGCCAUUCUCGGGGCCCCAUGGGUGAAUGAGCUUGUGUCCUAACUGUCUGAGAAGUCCCGGUUUUUAGCCCUUUGAGCCAUACUGGUGACAAUCAGUCUGAAUUGGAGAUUUGGGAGUUCAUUGAGGCCGGUGAAUCAGGGAAGGAACAAGGGAGGAGAGUGGAAACUGUGAAUUAUAGUCUGCUUGUCUUAUUGCUUCAGUUAGAAGGCCUGACACAGGCUAGUCAGGCUUCCCUUGUUUUUCCUGGGUCAUGUCUUGGAGGAACAGAGAGCAGCUAACUCCUAAUGAAUACUAAGAUAAUGAGGGUCAAAUAAGCUAAACUCAGUUGAAGUUUCCCAAGCAAUAGAGGGUUCUCAGGUCAGUGUCUACUCCUUUCACACAAAUCUUCUGUCUGUUCCCUAUCUUCCUCAGCUCCCUCCUAAGUAUGGGUGGAUUUCCAGCAGUGGACAGUCUCUUGAGUCUGGUCUUCAUGAACUUGGAACCCAGCUUUGGAAUCUUCUUCCUGUCUUCCCAAUGGGUAGGGCAUCCAGGACACUAAAAGUUUUCAGAUUAGUGUUGGCUGGCCUCUCCAGGUAUCAUUUCAUUGAUGUCUCAGUUGGAGAGCUCAGCUCAGUUGGCCCCAGAACGGGGGUGACUGAGUGAUGAACUCAAGUACUCUUCCUCCUGGAAGUGACUUACAUGAAUGUUCUGGAAGGGCUCAGGGCUUAGUUGGUUUGCAGUGUGUCUGUCUGUUGCAUGUCUUGGAAAACUCAGAUCACAAAGGUGUUGAUUUCAGAAAGGACAUGGGGACCUUGCUCCUUCCUGGUCCUUGGAAGUUUCUCUGGACAGUCCCCUCUCCCAAGUUUCGGGGAAAACUGUUUCUACAACUUCUUUGUGGGAGCACUUGACAGAGGACAUGUCUCCUCUGGUUCCCAGAAGUGUGGCUUCUCCUUCCCCUUCUCCAUUCCCUGAUGCACCAAUAUUUCCCUUUGAGAGAAAUUCCCUAGACUCAGAACCAGCCCCAGCCCCGUGGCAUUGGUGGCAGGCAAGGCCUGAGGUUCAGAUCCAACCUGAACUUCUGCAGAUGUCCACUGAGUGCAGUCAGGACCGUCACAUACCAGUGAGUGUGCAUUUGUGUGUCCACUGUACAAGAGAGAGCUAGCUAGGACAAUGACAGACUCGAGGGCACAGAGAGAGGACUCCUGAGAGUCGUGCAUGGCAGAAUACGCUGCCACCUUGGAGCACAUGGGGGCAUGAAGCCUUGGGAGGAUGAAGAGCUUUUGGAUAGAGCAGGUCAGGUGAAGGUGAGACUGUCUUGAGGGCUUCCUUUGAGCACAGCUGGCUGCGUCUUUUUUUUGGGGGGGGGAGCAAGCUGUCUUUGCUUUUGCCUUGACUUUGAGGCAUGGGUUGGGAUCCAGCAGUACCAGUGAGUCAUCUGGAGCAGAAGGAAAGCGGGAAGGAAGGUUGAGCCAGAGCUGUUCCUUCUGAGGAUCAGGUAGGGAGUAGAAGCAGAUGGAUACGCGGUAGGGCUACAUAGAGAACUUCAGUUUAGGAGUUCACGUCUUUGAGCACUUAGUCUGGCGCCAGCUGGGAGGGAGAGGAGCUGCUGCCUUGGCUUCCCACAAGUCACACGCCCCAGAGCUGCCAGGACAGUGUUCCUUCCAUAGGGUCAUGCAUGGAGCCUAGUAGCUCGGGCAGAUGAGCUGCAGUCUACCUUUUCCCGUUAAAAUACGCAUUCAAGCCCAAAGCUCCUCUCAUCUCUCCAGUACUUAUUCUCUGGAGAGACUGUCCCUCCCACCUUUCCCCUUCAUGCCCCUCAUGCCUGAGGGAUUUGUGUAGCAACUCUGCUUUCCCUCAGUGCAGUCAGGGAGCUGUCCUAGCUGUCAGGGCCUGCAUGCUUGGUGGGGAGCAGGUGAGCCGAGGCCAACACAGUCAUCCAGUAUUGUUGGGGGAGGGGCAUUUUAUCAGGGUCACUGUCCUUCUGGGUUUUCCUCCAUCUUUUUCUUCUGUCUCCAUUCUGCUCCUCUCCUCACUGCCUGUGCCCACCCAAUUCACUUUCCUCUCCUGCCCACGGGCUGCUGACGAGCCAGCACAGGGAUUAGCACCCAUCUUUGCCCAGCUCUGCAGAGAUGGAUUCUGAGUAGGAUUCUGACUCCAGGAGGAGAUUCUGAGUGGAAUAUCCGUGUAGGUGCUGGGACAGUGGCCGACCUUUCCUGUCUUCUUUCCAUCCUGGCUUCG